AUGCUCAAGGUCCUGUUGCUUGCAUUACUUCUUUCCAAGUGGUCGGCCGGACAAGACGAAGACUACAGUUCGGAAGAUGACGCAAAAGUGUACAAAAACCCGAGAAAUUCUCCUUCUGCAGAGUGCCCCAGGGAUGAAGAGCAUGCUGAAUUCCUGGGGCAAAAGUGCUUGAGAAAAUGUUCCAAUGAUGAGGACUGCAAAUCAAAGAAGAAAAAGUGCCUAUGCGAUGGUGUCUGUGGAAUGUCUUGCAUUAAACCAGAAAGAGAAUGCGAAGAGUUGGGUUCACCUUCUCUGGGAUCAGUGACGAUUGGAGGUAGACUAUUCGGAGACAGAGCAUCUUACACCUGUGAUCCCGGUUACACUCUAGUAGGUCUCAAGGAAAGAAUUUGCCAAGGAGAUGGCAACUGGUCGGGUGCACAACCUCAGUGCAAACACAAUGUCUAUUGCAAAACCCCACCUGAAUUGGAGCAUGCAAGGCAUAAUGGUCUACCUGAGCAGGCUACGUUCCCAUUAGAUACAACUCUUCAGUACCAAUGUAAUCUUGGUUAUGUGACAAAUGGGUUUCCAAAGGCUAAAUGUCUAGCCAUAGAGAACACAGCGUCCUGGUUUGGCCCAGACAUCAGCUGUGAGCCAAGGUCUUGUGGGGCUCCUAUGGAUCCUUCCAAUGGGUGGCAUUCCGGUGAUUGUUACACCUACUCCUGCAAAGUAACCUACCAUUGCGGUGAGGGAUAUGAACUGGUUGGGAGACUGGAAAGAAUUUGCCAAGCAGAUGGGAUUUGGGGACCCAGGGACUUGCCAGCCUGUGUCCUCGUUACAGCUGUCGAGUGUCCAAUGCCUGAAAAUCCACAGUUCGGCACAGCAAUUUAUACUUCCUGUGGUUACAAUGCAGUUGUCUCUUAUGAAUGCCGCCACGGUUACACCCUUGUCGGGGACUCAACAAGAAGAUGUGGAGCAGACAGAAAGUGGUCAGGAAGCACCCCUAAGUGCCAAGUUGUUGACUGCGGGCACCCAGGCAACAUCUACAAUGGCUGGAUCGAGAACCUAGAGAAAGGAACGGGUCUCGGGGCUUCAGUCAUCUUCAGGUGUUCUCCUGGAAUGACAUUAGUCGGCAAUACAUCAUCUGUCUGUCAAAUAGAUGGCACAUGGAGAUACCCACCACCCUUAUGUCUAGCUUCCUGUGUGGUACCGGCUGUGGCCCAGGGGCGAAUUCUUUUGGAGGCCAACGGGUCCAUGGACCCUUUGGUUGUACCUCAUGGUCAUCAGCUAAGUGUCCAAUGUGAGCAGCGUUAUGAGCCUGCUGCAGAAAGCCCAAUUGUAUGCAACAAUGGAUCCUGGUCCCAAAUCCCAAGGUGUCAGCCAGCUAGAUGCAAGUACUUGCCUAAGGCUCCCAAAAAUGGUAUGGUAAUAGCGCCUAAAACCCAACACGGUAUGAAGGCUCGCUUCAAAUGCAGAGAUGGCUAUGUCAUCAAAGGACAGAACACCUCUGAAUGUAGGUACGGCAAUUGGACUGGAGAACAGCCCUAUUGCCAAGAAGUUUAUUGCCCUUUUCCUGGCUACGUUGAGAAUGGAAAGGUGCUGUUGGUUGGAAACAUGGGUCUCUAUGAUUAUAGACCUUAUGUUCGGAAGGUUACUAACAAUAAGCAAAUAAUGUAUGAAUGCAACAAAGGAUAUACACUUGCUGAAGGCCCACCUGGGGCUACCUGCAUUGCAGGUCAUUGGUCUCCAAAAAACCUGCCAAGGUGUGUGCCAGGCUUACAUCCCAGAUUGCGUUGGACUCGAAAGAAAAGAGCUUUAGUGUUAUUAAUGUUAAGAAGAGCAAAACGUGCUUUGUCAGCAUCUGCUGGAACUGUCAUUAAGAAACCACAAAACCCAUCAUCUAACAAGCAAGAUUCAACACUUGGAGGUUCACGAAAAGGCCCAACUAAGUCAGGAGGAAGUUCGAAAGGAACUGAUGAUGUUGAUGAGGAAGAAACUGAAAAGACCGAGGAAGGAAAAAAACCAGGAUCAAGACGGAAGAAAAAGCAAGAUGGUAUCCCCUGUGAGGACCCCGGUGAGGAACCCAAUGGAAAACUUGAUGUCAUCAAAAAUGGUCGAGACCCAAAUAAUACAUGGUCCCAAGGAACAAUGCUCCGGCUCACAUGUUCUACAGGAUUUGUUAGUAAUCUACCAAAUGGUACUGCCCGAUGUACACGUGGGAAAUGGAAACCUGCAAAACCUCAGUGCUCUUUAGCACCAUGCAAGAUUCCAGAGUCAAAACAUGGUAUUUAUACUGCUGGUGGUUCAAGUGCUAUCUCAGGACAAAUUUUGAACCUUUCUGCUCCUGUACCACAUGAUCAUGUGAUAGAAUUUUCCUGUAGAGUGGGAUAUAAUGUUCAAGGUAAUGGUCGAAUGAGAUGUUGGCAUGGGCAAUGGAAUGUUCCAGUACUUCCUACUUGUACACCAGCACCAUGUCAGCUUCCUGUUGUAUCUCAUGGCCAAUAUCUUCUUGGUUAUCGACCUGGUUUAACCAUAGGUAAUGGUUCAAUUGUACGCUUUCAAUGUGACACUGAAUUCAAACCAAGUGGAAGUGAGACCAUUGUUUGUGUACUUGGAGAGUUACGACCAAAAUCACCUCACUGUAAGCCAGAUCCAGGUUCAAUGUUUAUGGCUGGAGGUGAUAUUACAAAGGCAGGAGAGAUAGGAGAAGUUGACUACCUAAGUGGUCUGAGGGGCAGCUGUUCUCCUCCUCAAUCGGUUCGAGGGACGCUUGCAUACAAAAAUGGUGAACCACUGGCUAAUGCAGAAACUAAUUUUCCUGAUGGUACUGAAGUCACAUUCAACUGUAUAACCUCCAUUAUGGGAGAAAAAACUACUUGGAGAAUAAUCUGUCAAGAUGGAAAUUGGUUGGGACAUCCUCUCCAUUGUGAAGUGGAGGAUAAUUCAUCAGGGGGCACCUCUUCCAGUAAGGAUAAUACUACUUGCCUAUUCAAAAACACUGAACUUAAUGUGUCCACAUUUUACAUGGAUCAACCAGUAACUGAAGAUUCUGUUGAAUUUCCUUUUGGAGCUGUUUUGACAUUUCGUUGUACUGAUAUUGGUAAAUUUGCUAUGAUUGGUUCUUCAGCUCGCAAGUGUGUUGAUGGAGAAUGGGAUGGACAGAGGCCUUCCUGCUUUGGCCUUAACCAGGAAAAUGAUUAUGCUUUGGAGAAACCACCAACUAUUUUGUUCAGACAUGAAUCUGGACCGAUAGCACAGUCCAAUGAUGGGAAGAUGAUCAUCUAUCCUGGAACUACGUUGCACAUGGAGUGUCUCUGGAUCAGGAGAUUUGGAACACCAAAAUGGGCAGUUUCCCAUGAGUACAGAAAGUAUGAAGAAAGCUGGUCUAGUGAUCCUGGGCGGGACUCCCAGUUAGAGUAUAGGUUGACCAUUGCAGAUGCAGUACCUGAAGACAGUGGCACCUAUACUUGUAUCACUCCAACCAGACAUAGUCAUUCUGUAGAACUUGUAGUUAAAGCUGUUCAUUGCUCACCUCUACCCAACAGAAGAGGCCUCAAGGUGAGUACAGAGGAAACUAAAAUGGGAACUACAAUUUUUCUCAACUGCCAGAAUGGUAAUUCUCUCAUUGGUGCUCACCAACUCGUUUGCUUACCAAGUGGUAAUUGGUCUAGUCCACUUCCUGUUUGUGAAAGCAUGGAGUGCCCUGAUCUCACGAACUUGCAGGAUGCUAACUUACGAAGCUCUGUAUUGUCUCGGGAAGUUGGAGGAAGAGUAGUGUUUUCCUGUGGUCCCGGUCAUGCCCUUGUUGGACCAUCACAUUCUACCUGUCAAGCUUCUGGAGAAUGGGCUCAACCAUUUCCCACUUGCAAGGAAGUAGAAUGUGGUGACCCUGGGCGACCAGAAAAUGGUUGGGUCCAAGGUGGCUCCAAUGGUGUCUACAAAGCAGGAGAUCUUGCAACUUUUACUUGUGCUACUGACUUCAUGAUGGAAGGUCAGCCUGUGGUAGCUUGUCAGGAAAAUGGCAGAUGGAGUGCAUCACCUCCAAACUGUGUGAAAGCUUGUUCAUACCCAGGGACUGUCAUUAGUGGAAGAAUGUCAUUGGUUAAGUUCUACUACAGCAUUGAUGAGGUCAUUGAAUUUAGAUGUGAUGAAGGGCUCAUAAUGUCUGGUCCAGCAAAGAUACGCUGUCUGAAGACAGGAAAGUGGUCAGGGUCUAUACCUGUUUGUAGGUCUCAGACAAAUUGAAAAAAAUAAAUCAAAAUUAAAUGACAGUUUUCGAAAUGAUAAAAAAUAAUAAUGAGGAAAAUCAAUAUCAUUCAAGCUUCCUCUGGUGAAGUAUGCAAGUUUUCUAAGGAAAAGUGAGAAUCAGUAAAAUAUAAAAAAGCAAUAUAUUUGAUAAAGAUGACUUAUAAUGAUCAAAAAUGGAUUCUUAAUGAAACUCUUUAAAAUAACUAAGGAGAAGUGGUAUAGCCAUGAAACAAUAUAUCUAAUUUCUGUCUUAGAAAAAAAAAUUACUGUAAUUGCAACACUUUUCAUUUUAAAAAAUCUAAAAAGAAAUUGCUUUGGAUGCUUAACACAAACUAUAUUAGAUAAAAAGCAGCAAACAAUAAUAAUAAAGAAUUUAGGAAGACUUUUAGAGAUACAUGUUUUCAUUACUGCAAAUGAUAUUUUUCAAGCUCACUGCUUCAUUUAAUGAAAGGUUGUAGGCCUGCCACAUAUUUCACACAUUGCCAAGAUUUCACAUUUAUAAUGAAAAUAUACUUCAGGCUGCCCCAAGGUACAAUAUAUUGAACCUAGUGCUAGCACAGCCCAAGCCUAACGUGCUUCUACACAAUAUUAUAGCUGUACCUUGUCCAAGAAAAAGACUUAAAUUUAAAAACAACUUUAUAUCAAAUUUAGACAAAUUAUCACUCGAUAAUUUAAAAAUAAGAAAGUUAGAUUUACAUAAGUAUUAACACAAACAUGUAACAACAAAAGAAGUCCACUAAUUUCUCCAUUGAUAAUUCAUAUAUUAAUUACUACUGCAUCAUUUCUAAUUGUGAUGAGAUAGUAAACCAAAACAUAUGAAGUCUUUUUCAGGAAAUUAACUGUAUGAAAUAGUAAACAGCAUUUUUUUUAGUGUUUGUUUUUUUUGUAUACACUUUUAUUGCUGGUUUGUAAUUUUCUCCAUAAUUAAUUUAUUUAAAAAAUAUAUAUAAGUCAUUUUGAAGAGUUGGGUUAUUUAAUAUACCAAGAAAAACAUACAAUCAAAUGAGGUUAUAUAAAAUAAAAAAUGCCUAGUACCUAACGUAUUUAUUAAUACGUGUACUGAGAAUUUAUUAAAAUAAUAAAACUUACCUUUUGAAUUUAAUUCUCCUCAUAUUUGAUUUCACUAUUCAUAAUUUAAUUUAGCUCUUCAUAAUUAGGGUGGCUUCUAUAAUGCAGAGCAGAGUGUUCUUAGUCUAAACAAAUUUCUUUAUCAAUAACUGUGGCCCACACACCCACGAAAACUGUGUCUUUAAUGUAAACUGACAAACACUUGGGGUAAGAUUGCAUGGGCUCUGCCUGUGCUGCUGCAUCUGAUAUGAGGUACCAUGUGACCCACAGAACUGCCCAACAGUGAACUUUGUUGUACCAGUGCUAGGUUCAAUGUGCAGCCUGUAUUAAUGCCCUCAAAUUUAUAUGCUUGGCCUAAAAGCUUCAAAUUAGUGCUUCAUAAUUAAUACAUUUGUGAUAAUUAGAAUUUAAUAAUAAAAAACUUUGUGAUUUUUUUAAUCAUAGAAUAAUUACUUUGGGUUAAUAUUUAAUGUUAUUUAAAAACAAUCAAUAUAAAUACAUUAUAUUUUUAGAUAUUAUCUCAUAAUU